AUGGAUGACGGAAUUUUACAUUACUUUGAAGCUAAUAUUGAAUUUGCUCUACCUUCCAAUGAGCGUGUUAUUAAUCCAUUACUUGUAGUUGGAUAUGUUAAUGACAUUGACGUAUAUCAUAUGGAUGAUGGAAUUUCACAUCACUUUGAAGCUAAUAUUGAAUUUGCUCUACCUUCCAAUAAGCAUGUUAUCGAUUCAUUGCUUGUAGCCAGAUAUGUUAAUGAAGCCAACAUGUAUGAAGAUGAUGAAUCUGAUGUUUUCUCUGUAGUUAAAAAUGUUGAAGAUUAUGUAUUUGAAGGUGAUGAUCUUAAUAAAGGUGACAUGUCUGAGGGUGGUGAACCCAGCAAUUAUCCUGAAAAUGACAGCGGAAAUUCAGAAAAUGAGCCCGAAGACAGUCCUUUGAAAAAGAUAUAUACUGAACAAAUGUUUACUUCUUUUGAGGUGCUUGAGCAAUGUUUGAAAUGGUAUUCUAAUCGAAUAAGUUUUGAAACAAAGAUAGUACGAAUUGAAAAGGAAAAUGAUGUUUGCUUUAAAAAAACUUAUAAAUGCCGACACGGGGGUAAAUACUCGCCCAAAAAGAAAUUAGAUCCUACAACUAAUAAAAAUCAAGAACAUUAUGAAGAACUACAAAUUUUAUUAAACACAGCCCUGGGUGAUUGUGAUGAAAUCGGUCUUGCAUUAUUUGACAAAAAUCAAGGAUCAUCUGUUUUGUUGAUACGAAAUGAAGACGAAUCAUUUUUAACUAGCACAUUUCAAGCUUUAAAAAGAAUUCGUAGACCAGAAAUUAACAUUAGAAAUGUAAUGGAAUUAGAUUCAAAAAAGCAAGUUUCUGCACAAAAUAAAAAUCUAUCUGAACAAGAGUUGAUUCAAGAAAAUGAUAACUUGAGUAUUUCAAAUCCACAUCAGUAUAAAGGUAAAGACUAUCCUGCAAAUAAAAGAUACUUAUCAGCAAUUGAGAAUCAUAAUAGCAUGAACAUUGUUUUAAGUAAUCAAAAUGAAAUUCUAGCAUCGAGAUCAAAAAAGAAAAACAAAC